AUGACGUGGAUAAGGGGAUAUCAUAGCUUUCGCUCAUUUGACAAAAUCUUUCAUGUUGAGAAGAGGUGGAAAUUGGUUCGAGAGAUGGGUUCCGGCGCGUAUGGUGUAGUCAUCUCAGCAGCAGACGAUAUCUCUGGGGAGACCAUCGCCAUCAAGCUGGUAUCCCGAAUAUUUGAGAAGACGUCGCUCGCAAAGCGUGCACUUCGCGAGAUUGCACUUCUCCGACACUUUAACAACCACGAAAAUAUUACUGGCCUAAUCGAUGUAGAUGCGAUAGCACCUAAUUUUAAUGAGAUCUCACCUCUCCAAGCUGAUUUACACCAGAUCAUCAGGUCUGGACAAUCGCUCACUAACGAGCACGUACAAUAUUUCACAUAUCAAAUACUGCGAGGCAUGAAGUAUGUGCACUCUGCGUCCGUAGUGCACCGGGACCUCAAGCCCGGGAAUUUACUGGUCAACUCCGACUGUGAACUCAAGAUUUGUGAUUUCGGUCUGAGCAGGGGAUUCGAAUCCGGACCAGACGAACUUGCGACAAAAAUGACGGAAUAUGUCGCAACCAGGUGGUAUCGGGCGCCAGAGAUCAUGCUGGCUUUCAAACGUUAUAAUACCGCAAUCGACGUCUGGUCAAUAGGAUGCAUCCUGGCAGAAUUGCUCCUCGGAAAGCCAAUAUUCAAGGGCAAAGAUUAUGUCGACCAGCUCAAUAAGAUUCUCGAUGUCCUUGGUACGCCGACUGAGAGUGUGAUCACUCAAAUUGGGAGUGAAAGGGCCCGGGCAUACGUCCGAUCUCUGCCUAUCAGAAAAAGAAUUCCGUUUGGCAAAUUUAUCCCGUUGGCUGACCCUCAAGCACUUGACCUUUUGGAAAAAAUGUUGUGCUUCGACCCUGAAUCGCGAAUAACAGUUGGACAAGCCCUUGAACACCCUUGGCUUGCGGGUUAUCACGAUGUCGAUGACGAGCCCCUCUGCCCGACACCUUUUGAUCGAUGGCGAGAGAUCGAAGCAUUAGAGACCAUCGAGCAGUUCAGAGAGACUUUGUGGAAGGAGAUCGAGGAGUACAGAAAGGAGGUCAGG